AGGCAGAAAGCGGAGAAGUUGGUCGCUGCCUCGAGCUGGUUUUUCCGGACGGGAGACUUGGUUCGCGGACGGUGCGUGUCGCCAUACUCUAACUACCGGUAUCCAAUGCCGCAGCAAACAGCCGGCCAUACGGGAGUGCAGCAAGGCUGCACCAGGAAACAAUCACGUGCAGCACAAUCAUUCGCGGCUGACACAACCCGAAGACACGAAAUCCCGAGUCCUUUCAUCGUUGUCUCCUGCCGGGGCCCGGUCCGAGACUCUACAUACUCGACGGAUUCACUCGCAUUCGGAGGGACUGGGAUGCGGCGGUGGGGGGGCUGUGCAAGACAGCUUUCAUGGAACCCUUUUUCCAUCUUCUGCACGACUCCUCGCAGGACUUUCCAUAUUUCCUGCCUCUGCUUUACUCCCACGACAAUACACUCCAUAUCCCUAAAACCUCUUUCUUUCCCGGGACUGGCAGGCCCGCAACUUAACCACGUGGCAGUGGCUUGUGUGGGCUUCGUGCAGUCGGUACAUAACCCUCGCAACCUUCCGCACGGCUCACCAUCCCACGACGAUAUCGAUCGAUAUUGCACCUGUCUCAAAGCCCCCCCACCACACUCUUUCUCCCAAGCCAACAAGGCGCUGGUCUGAGCUUCUUUCUUCGGAAAGCAUCCCAACCGUGCGAGGGGAAUCGUUGACGCCCGCGGUACGAUCGGCCGUCCAGGACCGCAGUUAGUUUGGGCUAGCGAUCGCGCCAACUGGAUCGUUUGAAGACGAACAAAAAAAAAGAAAGAAAAAAAGAGGAAGGCUUCGUGAAGAAG